AUGGCAGACAACGAUCCAAAGCUUCAAGACCAGGUUAUGAUUGGCGAGGACGAUAACAAUGAUGAGGAGGAGAUUUCGGCCAUGAAGCGCCGUGUUGCAGAAAUGGAGGAGGAGGCAGCAAAGCUCAGAGAGAUGCAGGCGACCCUCGAUCAACAAAGCUCUGAUCUUAGAGAAGAUAAGGAGGACAUUGAUAAUCGCAGUAUCUUUGUUGGAAACGUCGACUACUCUGCUUCGCCAGAAGAUAUUCAAGCCCACUUCCAAAGCUGCGGAUCUAUCAACCGUGUAACAAUCUUGCUUGACAAGUUUACCGGUCAUCCCAAGGGGUAUGCGUAUGUUGAGUUCGUUGAACCAAGUCUUGUUGCACAAGCAUUGGUACUUAAUGAGAGCGUCUUCAAGGGUCGUAAUCUUAAGGUUGUACCUAAGCGCACCAACGUUCCUGGAAUGCAGCGUGGCCGUGGCGGUCGAGGAGGUGGUCGAGGCCGUGGUGGCUACCUUGGUGGUGGUGGUGGGGGGGGUGGACGUGGCGGUGGCUACUCUCCCCGCGGAGGAUACCGUGGAGGAUACAGAGGCAAUCGUGGCAGAGGUUUCACACCAUACUAA